AUGGAGCUGCCGGAUGCGGUCCGCCACAUCGUAGACCAGGCCAGUUUCGGCGCCUUUUGCAGGGGACUUCCUAGACUUACCGCGAGUAGGCCUCUGCUCGCCGCUCUGGUGGAGAGGUGGUGGCACACCACCGAUUCAUUCCACUUCUCGGUCGCGGGAGAUAUGACAAUGACUUCCUAUGACUUCUCGAUACUCACCGGCAUCAGGGUAGGAGGUUGCAGCUUCAUUGAAAAUGUUAGAGAAGUUUCAGAAAAAGGUGGUCAGAAAACUCUACACGAACAACUCAUUUCCGAAAUCUUAAUGGAGAAAGAUUUGAAAGUAAGAAAUAUUGGUAGUGCCUUAAGUACGAUAAGGAACAGGGUAUGCCAUAAGAAGGCUCAUAUUGUUCUUGAUGAUGUGGAUGAAUCAACAGAACUUGAAAAAUUGGUAGCAGAGCUUGAUUGGUUUGGUUUUGGAAGUAGAAUCAUUAAAACAACUAAAAAUCAACACACAUCAAUCAGAUAUGGCACAACACAUAUUUAUAAGGUUGAGAAAUUAGGAGAAGAUGAAGCUAUAGAACUCUUUAAAUCGAAUGCCUUCAGGAAACACCAACAAAUGGGAGGCUAUGAAGAACUUGUAGAUUGUGCAGUAAAGUACACUAAAGGAGUUCCUUUAGCUCUCAAAGUUUUGGGUUCUUUUCUUUGUGGUCGAAACAAAGAUGAAUUAUAA